AUGAUGCCAUUUCUGACCCCUUUUCUCCCCACAGUGGAACAGGACCGGGAUAUUUUCUCGCCCAAGCCCUACUGGAAGGAGUUUCGCUUCGACCUGGCGCAGGUGCCGGCCGGAGAGGCGGUGACGGCCGCAGAGUUCCGCAUCUACAAAACACGGGGGAUCCACGGAAAUGGCAACGGCAGCCUCCACAUCAGCAUCUACGAGGUGGCGGCGCAGCAUCCCAACAGGGAAUCUGAGCUGUUCCUGCUGGACGUGCAGGACCUGCGUGCGGGGACAGAGGGGUGGUUGGUGUUUGAUGUCACAGCCGCCAGCAACCGCUGGUCAGUGGAUCCCAAAUACAACCUGGGGCUGCGGCUCUACGUGGAGACCGAUGAUGGUCACAGCGUGGACCCGGGCUCUGCCGGGCUCCUGGGGCGUCGGGGACCUCGUUCCAAGCAGCCCUUCAUGGUGACAUUUUUCCGGGCCAGCCCCAACCCCUCCCGGAUCCCACGAGCAGCAAAACCCCCGAGAAGACGACAACCCAAAAAAUCCAACGAUCUCCCSCACCCCAACAAGCUCCCGGGGAUUUUUGACGAUGUCCACACCACAGAUGGGCGGCAAGUGUGCCGGCGCCACGAGCUCUACGUCAGCUUCCAGGACCUCGGCUGGCUGGUACUUGUCUGCGUUCCAAAUGUCCCCCAGGUCCAUCUGAUGAAGCCCGAGGCUGUGCCCAAGGCGUGCUGUGCCCCCACCAAGCUCAGUGCCACCUCUGUCCUCUACUAUGACAGCAACAACAACGUCAUCCUCAAGAAGCAUCGCAACAUGGUGGUGAAAUCCUGCGGCUGCCACUGAGGGAUGGGCCCCAUUCCUGGUCUGGGAUGUGCCAUUCCCAUCCCUGAGUGUCCCAUUCCAUCCCUGAGUGUCCCAUUCCCAUCCCUGAGUGUCCCAUUCCCAUCCCUGAGUGUCCAAUUCCAUCCCUGAAUUGUCCCAUUCCCAUCCCUGAGUGUCCCAUUCCCACUUCUGAGUGUCCCAUUCCCAUCCCUGAAUAUCCCAUUCCAACCCUGAGUGUCCCAUCCCUAAUUCUGAGUGCCCCCUCCCCAUCCCUGAGUUUCCCAUUCCCAUCCCUGAGUUUCCCAUUCCCAUCCCUGAGUGUCCCAUUCCCAUCCCUGAAUAUCCCCUUUCAUCCCUGAGUGUCCCAUUCCAUCCCUGGAUGUCUCCUCCCCAUCCCUGAAUGUCCCAUUCCAUUCCUGAGUGUCCCAUUCCCACUUCUGAGUGCCCCCUCCCCAUCCCUGAGUUUCCCAUUCCCAUCCCUGAGUGUCCCAUUCCCAUCCCUGAAUAUCCAGUUUCAUCCCUGAAUAUCCCCUUUCAUCCCUGAGUGUCCCAUUCCAUCCCUGGAUGUCUCCUCCCCAUCCCUGAAUGUCCCAUUCCAUCCCUGAGUGUCCCAUUCCCAUCCCUGAAUGUCCCCUCCCCAUCCCUGGAUGUCCCAUUCCAACCCUGAGUGUCCCAUCCCUAAUUCUGAGUGCCCCCUCCCCAUCCCUGAGUUUCCCAUUCCCAUCCCUGAGUUUCCCAUUCCCAUCCCUGAGUGUCCCAUUCCCAUCCCUGAAUAUCCCCUUUCAUCCCUGAGUGUCCCAUUCCAUCCCUGGAUGUCUCCUCCCCAUCCCUGAAUGUCCCAUUCCAUUCCUGAGUGUCCCAUUCCCACUUCUGAGUGUUCCAUUCCAUCCCUGAAUGUCCCAUUCCAUCCCUGAAUGCCCCAUCCCCAUCCCUGAGUGUCCCAUUCCCAUCUCUGAAUAUCCCAUUCCAUCCCUGAAAUGUCCCAUUCCAACCCUGAGUGUCC